GAUUCACGCCCGAAAUUAAUAAUCAAUCCUGAUCCAUUUUUUCUUAUCUGAGAUUGAUGUUUUAAUCUAUUUCUGGGAUAGAUCACGCCAAUAAGCGAUCCUCGGAUUAAGUUUGCUAUCUUAAAAAGCAACCAAUCGUCGGGAGGGCGGAUCACAGAUUAUAGAUAGGCCUCUGUUCGAGAAUGACAGUUUGGGCGUAUUAAUAACCAAUCCGUCCAGUUUGACAUUUACUUCGAUCGCUGUAAACUAUCGCAGAUUGCAAUCCUUUACAUUCCAUGGUUUGUUUUGAUCCAAGUUUUGUUGAAGAAAAGUUAAGUAUAGAAAUAAGGAAAAAUGGCAAUGUUAUUAUUUAGCGAUAGUGACGAUAGUGAUAUGGAGCUACUAGCUUUGUUAUCGGACUCGGAUACUGAAACCGACAGCGAGUCUGAAGGCAGACAACGCGCUAGUGUUCGGAGAAUUAAAAGAGUGAACUAUAUGCAAAGUCUGGAUGAUGCCGAGUUCACCUUCAGGUUUCGGCUACCUAAAUCUGCAGUGAAUACGCUAUUAACACAAUUGAUGCCAUUAGUUCGUGUAACCUCCACAAGGAAUCACGGCGUUGCACCACUGCAUCAAUUGUUGCUAACUUUAAGGUUUUACGCAUUAGGUACUAUGUUGAUAUCUGUGGCCGACUUUGUUGGAGUCUCUGCAUCAACAGCAGGCCGAAUUGUACGCGAUAUAUCCAUAGCAAUCGCUAGCUUGUAUGAUGAAUAUGUUGUUGUUCACCAACAAAGUGCUGAAAAAUUCUACCGUAUUGCACGGUUUCCUCGUGUUCUUGCUGCAAUUGAUUGCACUCAUAUACGUAUCCAGUCACCAUGUCAUGUUAUUGGAGAAGAAUUUAGAAACCGCAAGGGUUACUUUUCCUUGAAUGUCCAAGCAAUAUGUGAUGCUGAUUUAAGAUUCAUGAAUGUAGUUGCUCGAUGGCCAGGUUCAACACAUGAUGCCACAAUUUUCAACAAUUCUGUUCUUAGAGCUCAAUGUGAAGCAGGUCUGUUUGGUAACCGCUGGAUGCUUGGUGACAGUGCUUAUCCAAAUAGAUCUUAUUUAUUAACACCAGUUUUAAAUCCUGUUACUGAAGCGGAACAGCGAUACAAUGAAGCACACAUUAAAACCCGGAAUACCAUUGAAAGAACUUUUGGUGUUUGGAAGCGACGAUUUCCUGUUGUGGCACUGACAUUGCGCUUAUCUUUACCAAAAGCCCAAGCGGUUAUAAUUGCCACUUCUGUAUUACACAAUAUUUGCAGAAACAAUAACUUACAGGAGCUUCCUGCAGAAGUAGAUUUACCACCGGAAGAUAGAAUUUUUGAGGAUUUAAAUAGUGAAGUUACAAAUGUCCAAGAAAGAGCUGUCCUUAUUAGUAAUUAUUUUCAGUAGCAUAUUUUGAAGUGAACCUAUUUAUUUUUAACCAACUUCAAAAAAAGGAGGAGGUUCUCAAUUCGUCGAUUACUCAAAGACCCCUGAACCGAUUUGGACAAUU